AUGAGGACAUGUUGGGCGUUUAUUCUCACGAUCUUGCGUCUUCUUAAGUGUUUUGCUGAAGAUUUGCCGCUUGUGAAUGAAUUUGUGAUCGAUCUUGCUGUAACUGAAAAUGCAAAGAGCGUAAUCGAAUCAAUGGGCUUUAGGUUCAUUCGGAAGCUUCACGGUUUUGAGUAUGCCUUUCUAGCCGAACUGCCGGAAAAGUCCUUCAAAAACGUUUCCAAGCACUUAUCCCGUAUUCGAAGAAGUGCGGAGGUAAUACAUAUUGAACAGCAGAGGCAGCUAAUUCGAACAAAGCGGGACAUUUUAUUCUGGAACGACCUCAAAUAUCCGGAUAUGUGGUACUUGAUCCGGGCAUCUAAGAAGGAUCAUUCGGAAGUUGACUUGAAUGUGCAAGAGGCAUGGCAACUGGGGUACUCGGGCAAAGGCGUUGUUGUAACCAUAAUGGAUGAUGGCCUGGAUCAUUCCCAUCCCGACCUUUCAGCAAAUUAUGCUGAACAAGCUAGUUGGGAUGUUAACAAUGGUGACCGGGAUCCGAUGCCAAAUACUACAAAUCCUGACAAUAAAGAUAUCCUGAGCCGUUCCAAGGUUAGUUCAAACCAUCUCUGUGAGCAAGCCAAUGUUAUUAUAUAUUUUAGACAUGGAACGAGAUGCGCAGGUCAGGUUGCUGCAGUAGGAAACAAUUCAGUUUGUAUCGUUGGUGUCGCCUUCAAUGCAAAAAUUGGUGGUAAGUGGAACAUGAAGUCACUCGUUAACUAA